AUGAGUGAGUAGACAGCGUCAACGCACUGCGUAGGAGCGUCUGCUCCAAUUAAACACCAUCGAGUCGCCGACAAAGACGACGAUGUUGGCGGGCGGUGGCACGAGCGACCAGACGAGGGGGAAAGAGAAUCGACCAAUCAGUGGUCGACACGAAACCACAGGCUGUGGUACGAGGAACGAGGAAGAAGAAGAGACUGGGAGGCUCGAAGAGAGAUCGCUCGGAGACGGGGUGCAAGGAUCGCUGGUGUCGAGGUCGGUGUCGUCGGGGUCCAGACCCGAACCCGAGAGCCUCAACAGAACCAGCAUGGCCCCGGUUGUCCCUGGAGGGAUCCACCGAGCGUAAGGCCCGGUUAUUCCUGCGGAAGCUGCUGCUGCCGGCGUUCGUGUUCCUGCUGGCGUUCCUGCUCCUCUUGCUGUUCCUGCUGGCGUGCCUGUUCCGGUUGGCGUUCCUGUUGCGGUUCCUGAGCCGCCGUGCGGAGAGCAGAGGUCACCUGGGGGUGACCAGAGGCCUGGAACGACGCUGACGAGAGGCGCCAGGGCGAAGCCGCGAACCAGGGAACCGGUACGGGCGCCGCUCAGCUACAGCGGUCGGACUUGGUCGGUCUUCGACUCCGACAACCUUGGACUCGGACGUCCGGGUUGGCUCUACCGUGCGUCCGCGUCCCUCGCAUGCCACUGCCCGCCACGUCACUACUGCCGUCAACGCAAGUGCCCGAGUAACUAAGACUCGAUGAUUUUUGUUUCUUUGUUUUGAUUGAGACUCUUCUCGCGUGGACUAACGGGGUUAAUUGUACUUUUGGUUUUUAUGUACUUUCUGUGUUCUGUUUAGUGUUCUUUUCUUUUCCUCCCUUUCCUUGCUUUGAAUAUUAAGUUUGUUUUGAAAAAGAAAAUGGCUUUGUCUUUCCUGAACGGAGGCUCUGCCUCAGUGUAACAAUUCACUCCCGAAGAACCUGACAUCACAAAAUUGGCGUCCGCUAGGACAGGACAAGACAAAGCCAUUUCUUCCAGUUAUCAUUACCGUGUAGUCAUCGAGAUGAGUUUGUCAGAGCUUACGGCGUUGGGCGAGCGUAUGGGUCUGCAGGGCGCGGAGUUGCGAAAGUGGGUAGAUGAGAAAGCCGACAGGGCGCAGGAGGAGGCUGCCAAAGCACGUGAGGAACGGCUCGCGGAGCGCGAGGCAACCAAGCAGCGUUUAGAGCUCGAACAGAGGGCACUGGAGCUACGCCUUAAGUUAGCCGAGGCAGGAGGUGGCACAGAAUUGGCAACUCCUAGCCGCGAAUCGGAAAGAAGUCGCUCAUCUUUUGUGAACCCUCACAACUUAAUUCCUGUGUUUAAUGAGAAUCGAGACGACUUAGACGCUUAUCUAAAGAGAUUUGAGCGUGUCGCCAAUGGGCAGGAAUGGCCUAAAGAGAAAUGGGCCACGGCACUGAGUUUGUGUCUGGAUGGGGAAGCAUUGAAAGUGUUUGGCCGCUUGUCGCCUGAGGAGUCGAUGGACUAUGACAAGGUCAAAAUGGCAUUGCUCCAGCGCUUUCGUUGUACUGCCGAAGGCUAUCGAGAAAAAUUUCGUCGGAGUAAGCCCUACGAUAAUGAGACUGCUAAGCAGUAUGCUACUAGGCUUUUCAGUUUUUUCGACAGAUGGGUAGAGAUGAGUGUCCAGGGGAAAUCUUUUGACGCGGUUCGGGACUUAAUAGUCGCUGAACAGCUUUUGAAUAAUUGCCAUAGUCGUCUUUCACUGUUUCUUCGUGAGCGGAACUGUCAGACGGUUGAGAAAAUCGCAGAAGCGGCUGACCACUUCAUGGAAGCCCAGCGACAAAGCAACUUGCUUGUUUUCCGGGAGAAACAAGAUGAAAGCAAAGAAAAGGACGCUGGUCAAACUGUGAGGUCGAGCAUAAAAUGUUUUGUUUGUGGAAAAUCAGGACACAAAGCAUCAGAUUGCCGCGUAAGGGUCAACCAGCCCUAUUGCGGGUACUGCCGAAAAACGGGACAUGACGUCCAGUCCUGCAAACGAAAAGGGGGCAAUGCAAAAGAAGCAUCGGCUUGUCUUUCUUCACCUGUCGAAGUUCAUUGCAAGAAAGAAGAGCCUAAGUUUGACAGGGAAGACGCGACAGAAGUCUGUGGUCCCAAAGAAACUUCGUAGCCAAGUUUUGGUACUCGCGCAUGAAAAUGCAUUGUCCGGACAUGGAGGAAUUAAGAAGACCACGGAGAAAGUACUUGGUGCAUUCUUCUGGCCCGGCGUUCAAGCAGAGAUCAAAAGAUAUGUUCGAUCUUGCGACUCCUGCCA